AUGAGGGGUGAGGUUAUCUUUUUGUGGAGCAGUGUAGAAAAUCCACGUGGAAAAAUUUGAAGCGGGGUUUUUUCUGACAGAAAAUCCACGUGGCAAAAUUUGAAGCUGGAAUUUUUCUAAAUCCACGUGGCGAAAUUUUAAGCUGGAAUCAAGCCAAAAAUCUAGAUUUUGAUCAGAAAAAUUGUUUGCAGGAAGAAUCAUCGAGUACAUCAAGUGAAAGUGAUCCACAACCGCGUCAAUACAGCCUGCGACAACGUCGCCCCACCGUAACCUUUCGACAAGAACAAGUGCGACAAUUGCGACAACGUCGCGAGCCACCACCAUCAGCGCCACGUGGAUCGACGCGUCGUCCAUCGCGACGCGCACGUCGCUCCUCUUCUUCCGACACUUCUGGCGAAGAUUAUCCACGACGUGAUUCAUCGCGUCGCGGUGGCGGCGGUGCAGCGAGUUCAAGUCGCGAUCGCAGUCGCUUCAUGCCGAUUAAUAUGAAUGAAAAGGAGUUGAGUGCGGUCGAACGGACGUUGAAGGAGCGAAUGCGGAAAACUGGUGGCGGACAGGGAUCGAGUGAUAUUGAUCCGAUGAGUAUUGAUGAGACUGUGACAUUUGAAACUGUUGGAGGUAAGGAGAGAUUCUGAAAAGAAAAUUAUCGAUUUUUUUGAAUUAUUCAGGCCUCUCGCAUCACAUUCAAUCGCUCAAAGAAGUUGUGCUCUUCCCAAUGCUCUACCCAGAAGUUUUCGAGAAAUUCAACUUGAAUCCACCAAAAGGUGUUGUAUUCUACGGGCCGCCGGGGUGCGGAAAAACACUUGUCGCACGCGCACUUGCAAAUGAAUGCCGCAAAGGCGCAAGCAAAGUUGCGUUUUUCAUGCGCAAAGGUGCGGAUUGUUUAAGCAAAUGGGUUGGAGAAAGUGAACGGCAAUUGAGGCUGUUAUUCGAUCAAGCCUAUGCGAUGCGUCCUUCUAUCAUAUUUUUCGACGAAAUCGAUGGAUUAGCACCAGUUCGAUCAUCUAAACAAGAUCAGAUUCAUGCCAGUAUUGUUAGCACACUUUUGGCGUUGAUGGAUGGAUUGGAUGGAAGAGGUGAAGUUGUUGUGAUUGGAGCCACGAAUCGAUUGGACACUUUGGAUCCGGCUUUGAGAAGACCUGGACGAUUUGAUAGAGAAUUGCGAUUUUCGUUGCCCGAUUUGACGGCGAGGUGAGGAGAAUUUCGAUCGAACUGAUUUUUCUAUAAAAAAUUCUGACUAUUUUUUGACAAAAAAUUUGUUGGAAAAUUUAGCCAAGAAUUGAUUUUUGGCUGGAAAAUAUAAAAUCUGUUUUUCAGACAUCAAAUCCUCGACAUCCACACUUCGAAAUGGAACAACAACAAACCAUCAGCCGAAACCAUCGAAUCAAUCGCCGAGCAAACUUCCGGAUAUUGCGGAGCAGAUCUCAAAUUCCUGUGCACCGAAGCGGUUCUCAUCGCCCUCCGAACUCGCUACCCACACAUCUAUAUGCAAUCUGAGAAGUUGCGACUCGAUGUCGAUUCGAUCAAAGUCACCACCGAACAUUUUCGAAAAGCGAUGCGACGAAUCACACCCGCUUCACGGCGUGACCUUGCAAUACCAUCGAGACCACUUGAAACUCGAACGAGAAUUUUGAUUGGUGAUGCGGUUGAUGCGAUUUUGACAAUGAGAAUUCCAUCGGGAUAUCGGAAUGGGGCUUCUGACGGCUUUUCAAAGGCCAGAUCAGAGUUGGAGAAAGUUGUGCGAGCCUUAGAUCCGGGCCCAGUUGUUCCUGCAACUAGAUUGCUUCUCACAGGAACUAUAGGCCUAGCAGAUGGUGGACAAACUUCAUAUGUUCUCCCAGCCAUUUUAUCCAAACUCGACCAUCUUCCCGUAUUCUCAUUGUCUGUUUCAAGCCUGUUAUCCGAUGGACGACCUGAAGAAUCAUUCUCGAAUAUUAUUCAAAGUGCAAUUCGUGCCGCCUCAACUGGUCCCGCCAUUCUGCUUUUGCCUUCGAUUGAUGAAUGGCUUCAAGUUGUGCCGGUUUCAGUACAACAUAUGUUGGUCACAUGUGUUGAUGGUUUGACUGGAUAUACGCCGAUUUUGUUGCUGGCUAGCUUGGAUUCGUCGAUUGGUGAGUGUCUUGGUUUUUGAGCCGGGAAAUUUGGAGCAUUUUGAGCCUGAAUAUGGUUGAAAACAAUUCCUGUACCGCAAAAUUGCAAAUAAAAUAGGCCACACUCAUUUUUUGGAGUAUUUUGAGCCUGAAUUAGACUAGAUGGAGUCAAUUUCUAGAUUUAAAAAAACCGUGCCGCAAAAUUGCAAAUAAAAUAGGCUACACCUAUUUUUUGAAAUGAGAUAGCAAGUUUUCAGAAAAAAAAACACAAUAAAAAAUUCCAAAGCCUCCUCAAAGUUUCAAAAGUCCCCCAAAAAACCCAUUGUUUUUCCAGACGAUGCAUCAGAAUACGUGAAAGAUCUGUUCCGCCAAGCGAAUUGCGUCAAAAUGUUGCCCAUAAAACGUAUCUUGCGUCAGAAAUAUUUCGACCAUGUGCUCGAAAAAUGCUACGAACCGCCCGUGAUUUUCGACGAAUCGCAAUACGAUAAACCCGAAAUUGUGACUGCCGAAACGCAAGCGGCGGCACCGCGCAAAAUAUCAGAAGCAGAAGCUCGUGAGCUCGAAAAAAUGUACCUGAGUGCGUUGCGACAAUUGCGCAUAUUUUUGAGAGAUCGCCUAAAUCGAUUGAUGAGAGAUCGACGAUUUUUGGAUUUUGUGAUGCCGGUUGAUGUUGAAGAUGCGGCCGAUUAUUAUGAGAUUAUUGAAAAGCCGAUGUGUUUGACGGAUAUGAUGGAUAAAUUGGAUAAGUUAGUCGGCCGAUUUUUGGGAGGGAAAUUGGUCUGGAAAAGUGGAUUUUUGGGCUGAAAAUGGACCUGAAUAGUUGGGUUGAGAUUUCAGCACUUGAGCAUUUUUUAAUGAAAUUUAUUUUUUUUUCAAUGAGAAAUUGAACCUGGGAGGAUUUUUAGUGUUAAAUAUUGGAAUUUCAGAUUCCGGGCUUGAUUUUCAUAUGAAAAUUCAAAAUUUUGAUGAAAAUUGAGGUUUAGAAAUAUUAUAGUGUAAAUUUUCGACAUUUCAAGUUCCAGAGUUGAUUUUCAGUCAAAAAUGUUCAAUUUGCAUCUGAUUCUGAAUGAUUUUUGAGCCCUGAAGCAUUUUUAAUUAAAAUUCUGGAUUUCCGGUGAUAAAUUGAAUCUGGGUGGAUUUUUAGUGUAAAAUAGGCCUAAGAUCUGAAUUUAGGCUGUCUGAAAAUCCUAGAACGGGAAAAGUUUCAGAGAAAAUUAGGCCUCAGAAAAUUUAAGCCUGAAAAUUUAAGCCUAAAAAAAUUUAAAGUCCAAAAAAAUCUGGCCUACAGGGCCACAAAAAACUUUGGAUCCAAAAAUCUUCGAAAUUCUUCCAGUAAAAAAUACAUCCAUGCCGAUCAAUUCCUCGACGAUAUUCGCCAAAUCACCGCCAACGCUCUAGAAUACAAUCCAGCAUGUACGCAAGACGGAAAAACGUUGCGUUUCCUUGCGAUUGGCUUGCGCGACGUCGCCGAAGAACUCUUCGAUUCGGAACUCGACGAGAAUUUUGUGGCACAACUCGAAGAAACUUCGCGAUUAUUGAAAGAGGCUGCCGUCAAACCGGAUGACGAGAAAUUAUCGGAUAUUCCACGUGGAUUUCAACGCGUCGCGCCGUGGAGUAUUAAGAAUUCGUUGGCGAAAGAGGUUGCGGUGUGGCGAGCGAAAUUUGAACCGGCUCCUGCGACACCUGCGACUUCUUCAGUUGCCGAAAGUAAGGAGGAUAUAGUUAAAGAGAAAUCAAAGUCGAAAUCCAAGUCACCGGAAGCGGAAAAUGCCGCUGAGAAACCACAUCAUCAUCGACGCAAACGAUCGAAAUCCUACAAUUUUCCGGGACAAAAAAAGAGAAAACCGAAGUCAUCGCAAGCUGAGUGAGUUUUUAUCCCUGGGGCGGAAAAUUGAGAGAUUUUUGAGCCCUGGAACAUUCAAAUUAGGAUUUUUAAUGAGAAAUUGAAUCUGGGAGGGUUUUAGAGAAACAUUCAGGUUAGGAUUUCUGAUGAGAAAUUGAAUUUGGGAAGAUUUUUAGAGCUAAAUCUCGGAAUUUUAGGUUCCGUAGCUGAUUUUCGACUGAAUUUUGGAUUUGUAAUCAAAAAUUGAAUCUGGGAGGAUUUUUAGAGAUAAAUCUUUAAAAAAUUGAAAAUUUUUGACCGAAAUUAGGGGCUCCAUUUCCAGUCGAAAAUUUCAGAUUUUCAAGUCCGGGAGCUGAUUUUCAGUCAAAAAUAUUUAAAAAUUCAGAUUUUCAUUAAAAAUUUGAGCCUAGAGUUUCUGAUGGAAAUUUUGGAUUUUUCAAGGAAAAAUUGAAUCUGGGAGAAUUUUUAGAGCUAAAUCUCGGAAUUUCAGGUUUAGAAUCUUAUUUUCAGUCAAAAUUGUUUAAUUUUUAUCAUUUUUCAGAAUAAAUUCUGAAAUUUCAGCGAAAAGUUUUUGAAAUCUGAAAAUUGUUGCAGAGAUAAAAACGAGGAAGCCUCUGAUGGUGAAGAAACUGGCGAUGAUACAAUGAUGGAAGACGAAGAACAUCCAACAAGUUCAGGAAAUGUGGACGGAGCCAAUUCGGAAUCUGGAGCUGGAGCAGGAACUGAGCAGAAACCUGAAAUUCCGAUGGAUUUGGAUGAAAAUGAGGUGAGUUUUUAUUUAUCUUAGCUCAAAAAGAAAAAUAAUACAAAUUUUCGCAGAGUUCGCGCCAAUCGGAAGAUGUUGUUGUUGCUGAAAAAGAGCAAUUUGUGCUGAAAAUCUCAAAAGAUGAGAUUUUGGCGUUGAUUGCACAAUGUGUUGAGAAAACUGAAGGUUGGAGUGUGAGCGAAUUUGAACGAUUGGCAUCGGUUAUGACGCAUCAAAUUGAGCAGUAUAGGUAAAAUUUGGAUUUUGAGGGAAAAUGGGCAUGGGGAGCUUUUUCAGCUGACAAUUUGGGUUAAAAUGAGCCUGGGUUUGAUUUUAAAGCAAAAAUUUGGAUUUUUCACUGAAAAUUAACCCAGAAGCUCAUUUUUUGACUGAAAUUUCGAAGUUUUGACUUAUUAUGAGCGAAAAAAUCCAGUAAUUUAGCCAGAAACCUUGAAAAUUGAUCUAAAAAUCACUCUGCAAGUCAAUUUUCCACCACAAAUUUCAUAAAUUUGACUCAAAAUCACUCCAAAGCUUAUUUUCAUCGGAAAAACUUUAAAAUUUUUCAGAGAAAUUUGGAAUCGUGAAGAGCUGCCGGCAAAACUUGAAUCAAUCGUCGAAAAUUGGCAACCAUAUCAUCGAAAUGAAGAAUCGGAAGAAUCGCAAACCCCACCGAAACCCACUCAAAACGGAUGCAUAAAUGGGCAUUAG